AUGUCAACAACACCACAGACCUCGACCAAGACCCGCAAGACGCUCGGCAACCUUCUACAUCUGAAGCAGCAGGACCGUAUCGGCUGGAUCGGAUUAGGCCAGAUGGGAUACUACAUGGCUAGAAAUCUCCAGGGCUACCUGUCGUCUCGAUCCUUGACCAUGAAUGUCUGGAACCGCUCGCCUGCCAAAUCCGCCAAGAUGCACAACUACGGCGCGCGUGAAAGCAAAACCAUCGAAGACCUUGUCGCUAACAGUAACAUCAUUUUCACAUCCCUCGCGAACGAUGCGGCGGUCGAAGACAUCUACGAGAUCCUGAUCGACCUGGCAGGUCAGGUUGACCACUCGAUCAUCUUUGUCGAGACUUCGACCAUCUACCCCACCCUGGCGACCAAGCUCAAGGAACGACUCGCCGUGACGCCUCAGCACACUUACCUCCAAUGCCCUGUCUUUGGCCGCCCCUUGGUUGCCAAGGCUGCCAAGCUGACCUGGGUCACCAGCGGUGACGAAAAGGCCAUCAAGAAGCUCUGUCUGUAUUUCACAACAAUGUCCAAGUCCAUCAUCCAUCUCAAGACCACCGAUGUCGCUCGUGCCUGUUCGUUCAAGCUUGUAGGCAACUUUUUCGUCGUCGGAACCAUGGAGCUGCUGGCCGAAGGUCUGACGUUGGCCGAGAAGGCUGAUGUCGAUCAAGAGCAUGUCCUCAAGUUCAUCGAGACCUUCUUCCCUACCCCAUCCUGGACUGAGUACAGCAAAAAGAUGACCCCGAGCAUCAGCGGUAGCAACAAGAAAAGUUCAUCAAAGGACAAGAGCACCAAGGACAAGGACAAUGAACCAGGAUUCUCGGUCGAGCUCGGACUAAAGGAUGUCGGCCACAUGCGUCAACUGGCCCUGGAAACGGGUGCUUCCCUUCCAACCGCCGACCUGGCCUACAACCAUCUGAUGGCGGUGAAGGAGCAAGGCAAGGGAGACCAGGAUUGGAGCACCAUGAUCGGUUCUUUGAGGAUCGCAACCCCUACCCCCUCUGCAAGGACAUCCUCGGAAAUCUCGACAAGUUCCAAGGAGGACGAGAAAAGUGGAUUUGCACGCAAGAGUGAGGAGGAGAACGAUGAUGAUGUUGAUAGUAAGGUCGAUGCGAGGAGCGAAAAAACUGCCCGCCCUCCUGCGUAUGAAUCCAACUGA